AUGUUGAAUGGCAAGGACGAGAUUCUUAUUUUUCCAUCUUGUUACGAUUUGCAAAGGAUACUGCAUCAUAAUUCACAUCAACUGCUAAACUCCUUGCUUCAUGGAAAGUUUCUACAACAAAUAUUUCAUUUGAAGCACUUUAUGAUCUCUCAACGUGACGACUUGGAACGGAACAUAAAUGAAUAA